AUGUCUUUUCUCGCUGAUUUUGAACCGGCUCUUAUUAACUCUCCUUAUGAUCGUUCCCAAAAACGAACAACAAAAAAAACGACAUCAUCUUCUAAAGCAAGUAUUGAGGAGACUAUAUCAUUAAUUAGAACAAAUAUUAAAUAUAAACAAGAAUUUUUUGGUGUGGGAAUGAGAGAAAUUAUUAAUGGAAUAGAUGUAAUAUUUUUUGGAAAAGAGAAUAAAGUAGAAAAGGAGUUAACUAUCAAAUGGGAAGAAAAUUUAAUUUCGGAUGUUCUCGAAAAAAAAGUUAAAAAAAUAAAUGGAAUCGAAACAGGAGUUGCAACUGAAAGAAGACUUUUGGAAAUGGACGAAACAAUUCAAUUUGUAUCCAAAUCAAAUAUAUAUCCUGGACAAACAACAAAAGGUUUUGAACAAGUGGUUAAGCUUCGAGGUCAAUCUAAUGAAGCUUAUAGAAGGAUGGAUUGUGAUUUAUUAAUAAUGGAAAUGAAUAUAUGUCAGAAUUAUUUUAGUAGAAAAAGUUCAACUGCAAAGAAAAAAAAUAAAGGAAAGAAUCGACUUGUGUGUACCUUGCAAAAUCAACUUCAACAAAAGAUAGAAUGUGAAGAAGAAGUAGUAUCAGAAGACUUGGGUCUAAUUGCAAAAGAGAUAUCUAGUAGAGUUGCUAAAAUUAAGUUUUUGCGAUGGGCUAUUUCAGUUUACAGUCGGGGAGGUUGUACUGCCUAUGAAGCAAUGAAAAAUAUUAUGCGAUUACCUUCAGUAUCUACUUUAAAAAGCUAUAUAAAUGAAAGGCAACAACAUUCAGGAUAG